CGUCCGGCCCUAACACUCUACUACGCCGACGACGACGGCGAGUAGCACGCUCGCCAUGGGUGACACGAGCGCGAAUAUGGCCCACUGGACCCGGAUCUACGGCGGGGCGCCGGCGACGGAGGCGACCGUCGUGUCGUCCGCUGCGGCGACCGCGGGGACGGUGUCGAGCCCGACGUCCGGCGGGUCCGGAGGUAGCCCGACGCGCCUGGGCGGCGUCCAUCCGGGCGUCGAGGGCGGGCGGGUCGGGAAGCCGUCGCGGCGGCGGUCCAGGGCCUCGCGCCGGGCGCCCGUCACGCUGCUCAACACCGACACCUCCAACUUCCGCGCCAUGGUGCAGCAGUUCACCGGCAUCCCGCCCGGCCCCUACGGCGCCGCCGGCGCGGGCGGCCCCGUGAUCAGCUUCGGCGCCGGGGGCGCCGAGUACGGCGCCGUGCCGGUGCGCCCGUCGCCGACGUCGGCCGUGACGUCGUUCGAUCACCGGGCGGCGACGUCCCUGCAGGGCCAGCUGUUCCGCCAGCACCAGCACCAGCACCAGCACCAGCACUACGGCGGCGACGUCGGCUACGGCGACAUGUCGUUCUUGCACGGGUUCGAAUCCUCGGCGGAGGACCGGCUGCUGCUGCAGAGCAUCCAGGCAGCGCAGAUGAUGCCGAGGCCAGCUUCGACUAACAACAGUAAUGGCUACAACUUUGGCUAGCUAACCACUCACCCUCUUGAUCACACACAGAGAAAGAGCCAUCAGACAUGGUUGCUGUCUAGAAGAAACAAGCACGUACGCAUGCUUGCUUGCUUCCUCUCCUAGCUCCAUCGAUUUGUGAUCACGAUGGUGACGAUGACGACGAUGAUGUUGUUGCUAGCUGCUGUUUAAGCAUUAUUUUGUUCUCUUUUUUUUGUUAAUUUUGUUAGCCUUGUGAAGAGAUCAGAUCAGAAGGCUAAUUAAGGUUUAGUAUAUACAGUGAUUAGCAGUAGCUAGCAAGUUGGAAUUUGUGCUUUAGAAGAAGUUAAGCUAGCUAGGUGUGAAAAGAAAACAGAAGGAAGGAAAGGAAAAGGCAUGAGCAGCAUCAGCUUAAAUGAUAGCGAGGAAUCUUUCUAGAUAGACUGCCUUGUCUCGGAAGCAAAGUCCGCGAGUGCUACGGCCCUCUGCUUGUACUAAUCAGUUGUAAUUAAGCGGCACCGCUAAUUAAUCACAUGUCAGUUCCUACCUCA